AUGUUAGAUUGGUCUCAGCUUCCAAAAGAUCUUCUGCAAUUAAUAUCCCAAAAACUCAAUAGUGAUUUCUACAUUCUUCGUUUUCGUUCUCUCUGUUCCUCAUGGCGGCUUUCCAUACCAAAACCUCACAACCAUUUCCCCUUAAAGCUUUCGCACUAUUCCGGUCACUGCAAACUCUACAAUCACAACAUAUUUCUCAUCAAACCACCGCAAUACCCAACCAACAAACUCUCCGCCCUUGGCACUUUAUAUUCUCUUCAUGGUCGUUCUCUUGUUACGUUUGAGGGGGAACAAAAACGGAAUAUUAUCACACAUGAUAGUAACUCCGGGGGGAUGAAAGGCCGACCUUGUCUAGCUGAAGAUACUGGUCGGACUGUGAUGAUUGAAUCAAAUUUGAGCGUUCAUUUGCUGGUUGAGAUUGGGUUUGGUGACGAUGUCAUUGGAGACAUUUACAUUAUAGUGGAAAAUGAGUUUGAGUUGUUACUUUUUCACAAAUAUAAUGAUUAUGUUGAUGAUGAGCUUAAGAGAGGUCAAAAGAAAGAGUUGAAGGUUGUUGGACACAAGUUUAAGCUUACAUAG